CACCACGCAAAGCUAGACGAUAGAUAGCCACUGCACAUCCUAGGAUUCCACGAAGACCUCGAUCGACGACGACACCAAUGGCGUCCAGCUCGAAUACGCUGAAGCUGCUGGCCUGCGCCGUGCUCCUCCUGUCCGCCAUCUCGCACGGCUGUUGCGAGACCGGCGAUAGCCGGGAGAUGGUGAUCGUCACCGGCCGGAAAAUGCUGGUCGAAGAGGUGACGGUCACUGCGGCGGGAGUGCCGCGGCUCACACGCGCGGCGGCGGCGGCGGCGGCGUACUCCGAGUCGAAGAGGUCGAGCCCCGGCGGGCCGGACCCUCAGCACCAUUAAACCCUCGGCUCUCGCGCCACUUGUGUUCUUGGCUUCCUGCCCGGCCGCAUCGUGCAUGAAUCGAUUCAGUUUCGAUGCGGCACGGUGUACAUCUACGUUUUGCCCGACAAGUCGCCUCCCUAUAGUCGAUGAUAAUUGACGUUUAGGACGACGGCUAAAAUAAAGAGUGUAGGGAGUAGUUAAUACGUUCUUCGUUUCCAGUGUUUUGUCUAUGGUCUUACGAGAAAAUGUUUCGUAUGAUGAUGAAGCAUGCAACAACAGAAGCCUGGUGUGUCUUUCCAUUAUUUCAAUAUGUAAUUUGGGAACAGUAGCUCCCGUUUUGUAAAAUG